CUGAGUGUAUGCUCAUAGGGGCGUCCUUCCUCGGCAUCCUCGUCGCCGGGGCCGGGCAUGCGGCGCAGGAGGCCGCCGCGGGGCUCUCGCCGGCGGAGUUCCGCCUGGCCCUCCCGCGCAGCCGGGAGUUCCUCGAUAUCGACCUGCCCCGCUUCCACCGCGCCACCUCCAUCGAGCUGCGCGGCCAUUGCCUCCGCCUCACGCUGCCGCCACGCCCCGCCGGGUUCCCCGCGCUCCAGAGGCUGUCCCUCUCCGGCUGCCGCGUCGACCUCGCCGACCUGACCCCCCUCUGCCCGCGCCUGCGCGUGCUCGCCGUCGCCGAGGGCCUCCUCGACAGCAACAUCACAGUCAAAUCGGGGUCGUUGGAGGAACUGGCUGCGGCGAACCUGAGCAGAUGGACCGGCCGCAUCGACGUCGACGCUCCCAUGCUCAAGAAACUGGCGCUGUCCUUCUCCAUCGACGGCGAGCUCGGCGUGUCCAUCGUGGCACCGAUUGUGGACAAGGUCUCCUGGGAGUGCAGCUAUUCCAGGCUCACCGUCGGGCUCGAUCCUUGGAGCCUCUCAAGCGUGAGCUUACAUGCCGCCGCUGAGGUGCCCGGGGAAGACGACGGCGCACGCUUGCAGCAGCACUCCAACGUGCUGUCCCUGCACAUGUGGGCUUGCAUAUGUCUCAUGUCCUGAUUAUAUAUCUGACUGAAUCAAACUCAUGGAUGGGAGACUAACAUUUCCUUUGCCAGGGUCUGACUAGUUAUCCUGAUGCAGAACUCACCUUCGAGCAGGAGAUUGGGAAACAUCUGGUUACCUCCGGAUUCUCUGCUCUGGAGCCACUUUUCACGACAAUGGAGUGUGAUUGUGAUAUAAGAUCGGUGGGGCAUGUUUUCGGGUCAUUUGCGUUGCGCCUGCUCGGUACCGCUACACAAAAGCUCAAGAUCAUCUUCCAGAGACCAGAUGUGAAAGCGGAAUGCCCGGUAAAUUGUCCUUGUGACGAGCCCAAGAGCUGGAGAAGCAAAGACAUCUCCUUGAUCAAUCUUGAACAAGUGGAAAUCGAAGGCUUGUGACGUUUAUCUUUAUUGUUCGCGCGUGUAUAGUUUUAUUGGCUAUUGGUAGCAUUCCAAACUGGUUUCAGACUUUGUCUUGUUUGCAUGCAGGGUCAAUGCAGAAGAGCUAAAGUUCUGUGUUCUCAUGAUUCACAUUGUUAAGGGUCUGCAGUGUUCCUGAACAAUUUAUAUGGUUGGCUUGUUCUACGGCUGCCUGCUGAGUUGUGAAAUCAAUGGAAUUUCGCUCCUGCGUCGUUGCAACUUUUGACCGGUUUAUCUCAACCGGAUGUAAUCAGAAAUGCUGAUGCAACUUUUUAUUAGCUUCUUACUGUUUUUCUGUCUACAACUUGUCCUUGUGUUAGUUCCAGCAAGCAGGCAUGUGUGAUGUGUUUGUCUGACGAUAACAAUACAUAUAUGCUCCAGCCAUCCAGCUAUAGCUGCAACA